AUGAGACGGUCAAAGCUGCUGGUAUUUGAUGCUUUUAAUAAGACGGAGGAAGACGUGCGUGUUCGUACGAAUACUGGUGGGUUGAUCUCUAUCGGGUGUGUCGUACUGACGUGUUUUCUGCUACUGAGAGAAUGGUACCAGUUCAAUGAAAUCAUCACAAGACCCAAGUUGGUUGUCGAUAGAGACCAUGAUUUGGAAUUGGACUUGAAUUUUGACAUUACUUUCCCAUCCAUAUCCUGUGACCUAUUAACUUUGGAUAUAUUGGACGAUGCUGGUGAUCUUCAACUAGAUCUCUUGGAAUCAGGUUUAACAAAGACAAGAGUCGAUUCGAAUGGUGUAUCAUUGACCACAGAGAGUUUUAAUAUCGGGAACGAGGCUCUAAUUAAGAGAGAUUUCCCUCAGGAUUACUGUGGCUCCUGCUACGGUGCUUUGGAUCAAGGUAAAAAUGACGAAUUGAAUGCAAAUGAAAAAGUGUGUUGCCAGACUUGUGAAGACGUUCAUGAUGCAUACUUGAACAUCGGAUGGGCCUUUUACGAUGGUAAGAACAUCGAACAAUGUGAAACGGAAGGUUACGUCGAUAGGAUUAACGAACAUCUUAAUGAAGGUUGUAGAGUUCAAGGCAGUGCCAGAUUGAACAGGGUUCAAGGUAAUAUCCAUUUUGCUCCCGGCAAAUCGUACCAGGAUUAUUCAAGAAGAAACUCAUUCGCUACCCAUUUUCAUGACACGUCAUUGUACGAUAAGACACAUAGUUUGAGUUUCAAUCACAUUAUACACCAUUUCAGUUUCGGUAAACCAAUCGAAAACUCUUACGUUAACAACCACAACGAAGGCCUAUCAAAGAUUUCUACUAAUCCAUUAGAUGGACGUAAAGUAUUCCCAGACCGUGACAGUCAUUUCAUUCAGUAUUCAUAUUUCGCAGAAAUUGUCCCCACAAGGUACGAAUACUUGAACAACAAGAGCGAUCCCGUAGAAACCACUCAGUUCAGCGCAACGUUCCAUUCGAGGCCUCUAAGAGGUGGUAGGGACGAAGACCAUCCAACAACUUUGCAUCAACGAGGUGGCAUACCGGGUCUUUUCAUCUAUUUUGAAACUUCUCCAUUGAAGGUCAUCAACAAAGAACAAUAUUCUCAAGCAUGGUCUACGUUCCUCUUAAACUGUAUCACCACCAUCGGUGGUAUCCUAGCAGUGGGGACAUCAUUCGAUAAAAUUACAUACAAAGCUCAAAGAACAAUCUGGGGCAAGAAAAAUAAGUAA